AUGUCUGAAAUCCUCAAACGACCAACAGCCUCGGAGACGGACGCGGAUCUCCAAAAAAUGCAAGAAGAAUGGUCUCAAACGAACAAAAAACCAUCAGUGGAGAUUCAUCGAAUGAAAAAACGAACGAAAAUCGAUGAAAAUGCUGAAAAUUUGGCUGAAAAUGGUCAAAAUUUGGCUGAAAAUGGUCAAAAUUUGGCUGAAAAUGGUCAAAAUUUGGCUGAAAAUCCUCCAAAAUUGGCUGAAAACGUCCGAAAUCAGGCGGCGCGGUUCCAAAUCGAUCUGGACGACACCCCACACGUCUCCACCGUUCUUUUUCCCGUUUUAGAACGGAAUUUCGACGUUUUUGACACAAAAAUCGUCGAAAAAUCCGAUUUUUUGGCUGAAAAUUGGUCUAAAAAUCUGGAAUUUUUCCAAUAUUCAAAGGACGACGGCUUCCCGGAGCCCCUCGAUCUCUCCGCCUACUUUCAGCCAAAAAGUGGGCGUGGCUUGACUACAGUACCCCAUCCUGGCGUCUCAUUUUUCGCCGCCGAAUUCGAUCGAAUUCACGGAAAUUUCGCUGAAAAUUUGGAUUUUUUCGCUGAAACUGAAAAAGGGGCGGAGCCAGAAGAGGAUUCUGGAGAUUUCCACGUGGAAAAUGAGAAGUAUCUGAAAUCGCUUGACGUCGACAAGAUUCUGGAGAUGAAACUCGAAAUUCAGGAGCGUUUCGAUCCGAAAAUUAUCGAUUUUUUGAAAAAUCGAGGAAAUUCUGAGAAAAAUGCGGAAAAAAACGACGAAAAUCAGCAAAUUUAA